AUGCGAUUGAUGAAAUUUUACUACUCCAUCGAACACAUUCCCGGAAAAGAAAUGUUUACAGCAGACACAUUAAGCCGAGCGCCGAUCCCAGAUUCUACAGAUGAGUUCACAAAAGAGGUAGAGGCACACAUUAAGGUAAUAUCUUUAAACUUUCCAGCAACACAGUCAAGAUUGGAACAAAUAAAGAAUGCCCAGAUCCUGUGUGAAGAAUGUCAGAUGUUGGUGAAAUACACAGAAAAUGGAUGGCCUAAAUAUAAGAAGGAUGUGCCAGAGAGUAUGAGAAAGUGGUAUACCUUUAAAGACGACCUAUCUAUAAUAGAAGACUUGAUAUGUUAUAAAGAAAGAAUUAUUAUCCCAUUUGAACUUAGAAAAGAUAUCAUUAAUAAACUGCACGAUGGUCAUUUCGGGUCUACACGCACAGUCCUCCGAGCGAAACAAUCUGUGUUUUGGCCAGGAAUUACAACAGAGAUAAAUAACUUGAUUGAAAAUUGUGACACUUGUGCUAAACACCAAAACCAAAAGUCAGAAAAAAUGAUUCAAUCAGACACUCCUGACUAUCCAUGGCAAAGAAUAGCAGUUGAUUACUUUGACUUUGUGAAAGGCAAAUACUUGGCUGUUGUGGACUAUUAUUCACGGUACUUGGAAAUGAUAAAUGUGUCCACAAUGACUGUAGAUGAACUAAUCAAGAAGAUGAAAGCCUGUUUUGCUCGACAUGGGAUCCCUGAAAUCGUAAUUUCUGAUUCUGGCUCACAGUUUACAAGCUCAGAAUGGAGAGCCUUUGCAGCCGAUUUUGGGUUUAAAACUAUUUGUUGUAGUCCCUUACACCAUCAGGCAAACGGUGAAGCUGAAAGAGCAGUCCAAACGCUUAAAAAGAUGCUUACAAAGAACAAAGACCCCACUCUUGCAUUACUGGAGUACAGGUCAACACCAGGUCCAUCAGGGUGCAGCCCUUCGGAAUUGUUGAUGGGAAGAAGACUAAGAACCCGACUACCGUCAUUGACGAAAGAUCUCAAGCCUAAAAUGGUAGAUCACAAGACAUUUAGAGAAUUGGACAAACUAUAUAGAGCAACUCAAGCAGAUUACUUCAAUAAACGGCAUGGAGUGAGAGAUGAAAAGCAAUUCACUAUUGGAUGCAAUGUGUAUAUUCCUGAUAGGAGAGAAGAUGGGAAGAUAGUUAAUAAAGUAGCUCCAAGAUCAUACACAGUUAAGACAAACGAAGGCAUGUUACGUCGCAACGGGGUAAUGCUAAGACAACUACAACCCAAAACAUCUGAUGACCCUGGAACUGAGCCUAAUUGUUUUUCCUCAUUUGGUAGACAAAUAAAUCCACCAAGAAGAACGUGUCUUUAA